ACACCGGGCGGCCGAACUUCCUCCCGCUCCGCUCGCCGUUUCCCUCCUUCUCCGUCGGCCGAGAGCGCCGCCGCACGGCGGACCUGAGGGAAACCCGCCGACUCUCCUACGCGCCUGCGCGUUUGUCCCGAGAGUAACAGGUGGCCGUUGUGAGCGAGUGGGAGAGGGGGAGAGAGAGAGAGAGAGAGCGCGCGAGCAAAAAAAAAAACUGGAGUUCCUGAGGUGAUUCGCGAGCUUGGCGGCACACAGAAAGCAGACAUGGAGGAAAUGAUCAUAUGGGAGCAGUACACUGUUACACUAAACAAGGACCCCAAGAUGGGCUUCGGCCUAGCCAUAUCUGGGGGGCGAGACAAACCGAACCCCGAGACGGGCGACACGGCAGUGGUGGUGUCCGAUGUGGUGCGCAACGGACCAGCCGCAGGCAGGCUGCACACCAGGGAUCAAAUCGUCAUGGUGAACGGCGUAUCCAUGGAGAACGUCACAUCCAGCUUCACUAUUCAGCACCUCAAGACCUGCGGUAAAACUGCAAACAUUACUUUGAAGAGGCCCCGGAAGAUCCAGAUUCCAGCGAGUUCUCGUUCUCAACCGUCCCGCUCUGCGUCCCACUCCAACCUGUUGGGCGACGAACCGCCAGCCCGCAGAGGACCGCGCCGUGGCUCUGACUCUGGCAGCGAACGCGGCUAUGAGCGGCGGGGCAGGCGGGCUCGCAGCUACACACCAGAGCGCAAUGGCGAACCCCUGACCCUGAUGUCUGGCUUCAAACGGCUGCCCCCCCAGGCAGGCCCAGACAAGCCCAUUAAAGCGACGCUGCUGAAGAAGAAACUAACAGAUGAGUACGGAUUGAAGCUGGGCAGUCAGAUUUUCAUCAAACACAUGACUGACACAGGCCUGGCGUCCAAGGAAGGGACCUUACAAGAAGGAGACCUUGUUCUCAAGAUUAAUGGGAUCACCACAGAAAACCUCUCGUUGCUGGAAACCAAACACUUGGUGGAGAAGUCCAAGGGCAAGCUGACGAUGACAGUGCUCAGGGAUGACCGGAAGUUCUUGGUAAGCAUCCCUGAGGUGGAGGACAGCCUGCCCAACAGCGAGGAUGAUGGACUUGAAAACAGCAGCUCGGAUCUUGAGGAUAUUUCGGAUCUGGAUUCGGACAACCCUCCCGCCAGGGGACGGGCAUCCCGCUCAGGGACCAAAGACCGACGUUCUCGUAGAUCUCGAGCUGAAGCUGUCGCUGCCAUCAAGGCUCGCAGCUCUCCCCCCUUGCGUUCAACGCUGCCAAGACCGUCUGCUCAGGCGCCUCCCACCCAAAGAGCACCCUCUGAUUCUGAGUCGGACCGCAGCGCAUCACCCCCUCGUAGAUGGGACAGCCCCGACACCACCAAGUACAGGACGUUAUCUGGUAUACCGGUGCCCAACCCCAAAGCUUCCCCCAUGACCUACCGCGUGGACUCCUCUCACUGGACGCCACCCAAAGCGUCGUCAUCGGCGGCCCGCCCUCGCAAAGAAGUGUCCGAGUCAGACUCGGAGCGCAGCGCGUCCCCUCCCCCAAGGCAGAGCAGUCCCAAGGUGGACGAGCAAACAAGAUACAGAGUCCUCCCGGACAUGGCCCACCCUGGUGUUUCUCUGCGCCAUGUCUCCCCCCGGAGAGGGCCCUCCCCAAUGCGGCUACCACCUGAAGAUAACUCGGAGUCCGACAGCAGCUCCGAGCCCCCCCGCAGACUAGGAACGCCACAGAGUCUGGACUCCAGGAACAGAUACAGAGAGACUACAGAGGUCCCCCUGCCAGCCCCUUCUGUGAAGCCCCCAGCCUGGACUGUCCCAGCGACAAAACACUCUUUAGAUCCUCCAGGUCGUUCAGGCUCGGAGUCGGAGGCCAGCUACACAUCUGUCCCCAAUCAAGACCCCCAAGAGAAGACGGACUCCGAGCACAGCACAGAGAGAUACACGGUUCUCCCUGAGGUGCAGUCAUCUGCCACGCUACCAAGGCAGGAACUUGCACCCAAAGACUCCUCCCGUUACAGACCUCCUCCCAAAGAGCCCUACGCGUCCGAGUAUGCCCCCAGUCCCCCGCGGAGACUUGAAAGCACUGACCUUGACAGCAACCGCAGCUUCCCUCUCAAUGGCACCCUUCGCUCUGGAGCGUCCGUGUCAGUUAACCCGCCACUGUACUCCAAGAAUCAGGAAGAGCCGCUUUACUCCUUACCACCUGAUUCCCCAGACAUAUCAUCCCCUAGAUCAGAUAAUCUAGGGUACAGCUCAGAUCUCAACAGGGUGAAGUUUAUGAAGCAGGGCAACAUGGGGCUGCGGCUCGUGGGAGGUAAUGACGUGGGCAUCUUUGUCGGAGGAGUGCAGCCCAGCAGUCCGGCUCAGAAGCAGGGCAUGAAGGAGGGAGAUCAAAUAUUGCAGGUGAACGGGGUGAACUUUGGUCAUUUCACCCGUGAGGAAGCUGCCAUGUUCCUGAUCAAUAUCCACAAGGGGGAGGAUGUAGAAAUCCUCACCCAGAACAAGAUUGACAUUUACAGAAAGAUCCUCAAGUCCAACCUGGGUGACUCCUUCUACAUCCGCACACACUUUGACCAUGAGGCUGAGAGCAAUAUCGACUUGAGUUUCACCAGAGGAGAGGUGUUUCGGAUACUGGACACAAUGCAUCGUGGGAAGCUGGGCAACUGGCUGGCUGUUCGCAUGGGCAGAGACCUGCAGGAGCUGGACAAAGGGACCAUUCCAAACCAGACAAGGGCCGAGACCAUGGCGAACAUUGAGCAGAGCAAUAGGGGCAGUGGGGCAGAUCGGCAGGUUUCUGGCCCAAGGGCAGAGUUCUGGAAGCUACGGGGUCUUCGAGGGGCCAAGAAGAACAUCCGCAAGAGCCGUGAUGACCUCAUUCAGCUCACAAUCCAGGGCAAAUACCCCGCUUAUGAGAAGGUCCUGCUGAGAGAAGCUGGCUUUAAGCGUCCAGUUGUCGUUCUUGGCCCCCUGAAUGACAUUGCCAUGGAAAAGCUGGCCAGAGAAAAGCCUGAUGAGUUUCAAGUGGCAGAAAUGGUUCCUCGCAGUGGAGGACAAGGCUCGUCCUCUGUCAUUAAGCUGGACACCGUGAGACAGAUUUCUGAGCAGAACAAGCAUGCUUUGGUGGACAUUACACCCACGGCAGUGGAGAAGCUCAGCUAUAUCCAGUACCACCCGCUGGUCCUGUUUCUGGAUGCGCAAAGCCGUAAGGACGUGAAGACCAUGAGACAGCGCCUUUCUCCUAAUUCCAAGAAGAGCUCCCGCCGCCUCUACGCUCAGGCACGCAAGACCAAGAAGUACUACAGCCAUCUGUUUGCUGAGCGUAUUGAACUCAACCCCUACUCAGACAUAUGGUACGACAUGCUGAAGGACAAAAUCCGCCUCCAACAGGCCAAGCCAGUCUGGGUGUCCGAGGUUAUGCUGGAGGGCGGUGGAGAAGAGGAGCUGGACACCCUAAACCGUUCUGCCUCCAGUGAUUACCUGAGCUGUGACAGCCGAGUCACCAGCGACUACGAGGACACCGAUGGAGAGAUCUACACUGACGGCGAAGCUUACACUGAUGGUGAAGCCUACACCGACAACGAAGAACUGGCUGACCCUUACUCCAGCCAAGACAGGCCCCCGAACCCCCGAAACACGGGGUCGGCGCUGGCCCGUUCCUCAGAACCUGCCUUGGGUCAUGAGAGCUCCACUUACGAGUUCAGCCCUGAAUUUGAUCCAGAUGAAAGCACAAUAGAUGAGCUACCACCCAUCCUGCACGUGCCCAAGCCGAGCUUCACCCGUAGAGUCGCCGGCACUUCCACCCACGGGGCCAGCGUUUCCUUGCCCAGGAGCUUCUCCAACUCCACCUCCGAAGUCAGUACCACGGACCCAACCGUCCCCCCCUCCCCGUCGGAUGUCCCGCCAGACUUCCGAGCUCCAGAUCCUCAAGACUCUUUUCCGGACCCUCCUCCCAGUGAAGACCUUCCUGAAAGCCCUGAGCCUGCAUCUCUGUCAGCCAUAGAGGAGAAACUUCAGCAGACUCGGAUGGCUGAACCUCAGGAGAAGAAGAAUUCACCACAGUUUAUUGUGCUGGCCCAUCACCAGGCGGUGCAGUGGCGUCGCACCCAGAUCAGAGGCAGCGACAGCUCUGAUGACAAUGAUGAGUCUGACGAUAUGGAAUGGGGCCCUGCUACUGAACUCUAGAGUGACCUACUGGUGUCACAGGACUCUUCAGAAAAUGCGCCUGCUCACUUUGAGACACAACUGCCUUUUCAUCCUGACGGACAAGACAUAUUUAUGCUGCCACCGGUGUGACCGCCACUGGAGGCGUCAUUCGAAGGAGUAGUGGUUUUCUCGAGUGUGAGACAUUUUGGCGUUGUGCCAGCUCCUUGGCGCAACGGACAUAUUUCGCUGCUGUGCGUAACGCCCUCAAUUCAUAAGUCUUUUGAAGAAGUGCUGAAAAUGAACUAAACCCU